AUGGCGCAUACAAAUCGCAUAAUAUUUCUUGUUAUCCAGAUUUGGACUGUGUGGUCCUGGGAGCCUCAGUUCUUCCUGGGACGCCCCAUGUUCGGAAUGAGAAACGGCCACGAGCACUUGCAACUCCUUCUAUCAAAAAAGGAAACAGGACAGUCUCUAGUCCCUGAAGCUGUCAUCGCGGAUGGACCGGCUGAGAAAUUCUUCGAGCAAAAACUUGAUCAUUUUGAUUCUAAUAAUAGUUUCAGAUGGCAACAGCGUUAUUUUCAAAAUGCUCAAUACUAUAAAGGAUCGAACAUCGUCUUUCUUAUGAUAGGAGGCGAAGGACCCGAGAACAUCAGAUGGGUAAGUAAUAAAGAGUACCCAUUUGUCAAGUGGGCGGAGCAAUUUGGAGCUAUGAUUGACCAGUCGGUGGAAAACUUGCGUUAUCUGAGUAGUAGACAAGCACUUGAGGAUAUAGCAUUCUUUAUCGAAGCUAUGAACAGGGAGCACCAUCUUGAAAAUCCACGCUGGAUAACUUUUGGAGGAUCUUAUUCAGGUGCUCUUUCACUUUGGGCCCGUCAAAAGAUUCCAGAUUUGAUUGUCGGUGCCGUAGGAAGUUCUGCACCAGUGAACGCAGUAGUUGAUUUUUGGGGUUACUUGGACGUUGUGGAGAACGCUUUGCGUACUCAUAGUCGUGAAUGCGCUUUGAACGUUUGGAAAGGAUUUGCAGCUAUUGAGCACUUGAUGCUCAGUCCAGAAGGCCGCAGUCAACUAUCUGAUAUUUUCGUGUUGAAACCGAGAUUCCCAGAGUUUACGAAGAUCACUUAUGACGACAAGCAAUUCUUCUACAUGACAAUUUUCGAAAAGUUCCAAGAAGCAGUUCAGUACAGUCAAGACAAUCAGGGCAGGUUCGCUAACGGUUAUGGCAUUUCGGAAAUUUGCGAAAUAAUGACUAACGGCUCGGAUCAUUUGCAGCAACUUCAGAAUGUGAACGUGUACAUGAGCUACAAAGAUUUCGAAUACACUUCCAACAGCUACAACGAGAUGAUAGAAUAUCAUCGAAGACCACAAUUUGGCAGUGAACUUGACUUUGACUCUAGUGCUCGAAGCUGGUUAUGGCAGACAUGCACAGAAUUUGGUUACUACCAAUCUACCGAUGGUGGUCCAAAGGGAAUUUUCGGUUCUGGCACUCCAUUAACGUUGUACAUUGAUAUGUGUGCCGAUGUGUUUGGAAGUACGUACAACAGCACAACUAUAGCAGCAGCUGUACAUAGAACGCAAAUGGAAUACGGUGGAUCAGAGAGAUAUAAAGGUACUAAUGUCGUUAUUCCUAAUGGAUCUAUUGAUCCUUGGCAUGCACUGGGUAAAUACACUUCCAAUGACGAAUCCGUCGUUUGGUACUUGAUAAAUGGAACAUCGCCUUGCGCGGAUAUGUACCCGCCUUCUGAUAAUGACACAUCAGGAUUGAAGGAAGUGCGCCUUCUGAUCGAGAAAAACCUUGCGAAGUGGCUGAAAAGCGGAUUAAAACAUGGAGACAACGGAUCGCAUUUGAAAACUUGGACGAGACCACAAUCUCGAGCUUUGCUAAAGCCAGAGCAGAGAAAACCUACUACAUAUCCAAAACGGGAACACAGCAGGAGAGUCUUUCUAGGCAGACCUCCACAUGGUUUCGUACCUCCACCUGAUAAGACUCACGAGAACUUCGCUAACACUAGCUACAAGACCAUGUAUUUUCUUCAACCAUACGAUCAUUUUGACAGUCACAAUCAUAACUAUUUCAGACAGCAAGUGCUUGUGAACUCCCAAUGGGCCAAACCUAACGGUCCCAAUUUUUUGAAAAUUGGAGGAGAGUCACCACAGAACACGAAGUGGAUUAUACUACGGCGAAAGCAUAGUUGGAGGGACAGAGGAAAAUCCAAACCCAGACCUCAGAUAUUUGUCAUCGUUGCAAAUGUUGUAGACGUGGCAGACUACAUACAAAGCGUCAACUAUCACUCAGGCAAUAGUGGUCCUUGGAUUGUUUUCGGUGGCUCCUAUGCAGGUAAUUUGGCUGUAUGGGCGCGGCAACUCUUUCCGGAGUUGAUCACUGGAGCUGUUGGUUCAUCCGCACCAGUGGAAGCUAAACUAGAUUUUUAUGAAUAUCUAGAAGUUGUAGGAAAAGCAAUUCGAGAUUAUGAUGAUUCAUGUGCCCGUAAAAUACAUCAGGGUUUCGCAAAAAUGCAUGAGCUUGCUCUCAGCGCUGCUGGACGAAAGAUUCUAUCUGACCUCUUCACAUUAGUACCAGAAUGGGGCGAAUAUUCUUAUUGUAACAGCUUGGAUAUGGAGUUUUUCUUCUCUGUCAUAUAUGGACAAUUCCAAGGCGCAGUGCAAUAUAGUGGAGAUAACACAGGGGCUUACGCUGAUGGCUACGGUAUACCGGAAAUGUGCGAGUUCAUGAACAAUGAAGGAAAAACUCCUGUAGAAAACAUCGCUCGCUUCAAUGAAUAUAUGGCGAAAUUUUACUCGGGAAGCGAGAAUUUCACGGGAACGGAAAACAGUUACGAAGGUUUUAUUCGUGAUCUCAAGGAAUGUCAACGUUAUGGACCAGAAGAAGGAGCUGCUCUUUUAUGGACGUGGCAAACGUGCACCGAGUUCGGGUAUUUUCAGUCAUCCGACACAGGAUCCGGCAUGUUUGGUAGCCCAACUCCGGUCAACUUAUUUACACGUAUGUGCAUUGAUCUAUUUGGUGAAAAUUACACAGCCAUGGCCAUACAGAACAACAUUGAUAGAGUCAACCAUCAGUACGGCGGUAGAGAUUUUUUCAACGGCACUAAUGUUGUAAUCCCAAACGGUUCGAUUGAUCCUUGGCAUGCACUUGGGCUAUAUGAGCCUAACAAUCCUUCGGUUGUCCCCUACCUAAUCAAAGGCACUGCCCAUUGCGCAGACUGUAUCCACCAAGGGAAAGGGACUUGCCAGACCUAAGAAAAGCUCGUGAGAUCAUAGAGCAGAAUAUUGAAAAGUGGCUCAUGCCUGAUGAAUCUGCUCAACUAACAGGUGCGACAUCUGUUAUAAUAUGCUUAACGGCAGUGACAUUGGCUCUGUAAUGAAACUGGUCCACACGCGCACUACAGAGAUCACUGUCCUUUGUUUCUCAGUAAAGUUACAUGUACAUGUACAAAUACUGCCUUCUCGGUUGAAAAUACAAGCCCUUCUGUUCUAUGUCUUUAGCAGUAAUGUAUCGUACGAUGUAAAGGAUAAAGUAUU